AUGGCCAAGAAGCACCUAAAGCGCCUGUAUGCCCCCAAGGACUGGAUGCUGAGCAAACUCACUGGUGUGUUUGCCCCUCGUCCACGUGCUGGUCCCCACAAACUACGCGAGUGCCUUUCGCUUCUGAUUAUUAUUCGCAACCGGCUGAAGUAUGCACUAAAUGCCCUCGAAGCGCAGAUGAUCCUUCGUCAGGGACUCGUGUGUGUAGACGGCAAGCCCCGCAAGGAUGGUAAGUACCCAGCCGGUUUCAUGGACGUGGUGGAGAUUCCCAAGACGGGCGACCGCUUCCGCAUCCUAUAUGACGUGAAAGGACGCUUUGCGCUUGUCCGCGUGAGCGAGGCUGAGUCGAGCAUCAAGAUGAUGAAGGUUGUCAACGUAUACACCGGCACGGGACGCAUUCCUGUUGCUGUGACACACGACGGCCACCGGAUUCGCUAUCCCGACCCCCGUACGAGCCGUGGAGACACUUUGGUGUAUGACGUGAAAGAAAAAAAGGUUUUGGACCUAAUCAAGAUUGGCAACGGCAAGGUUGUGAUGGUGACAGGUGGUGCCAACCGUGGUCGUAUUGGAGAAAUUGUGUCCAUUGAACGUCACCCUGGCGCCUUCGACAUCGCCCGCCUCAAGGAUGCGUCUGGUCACGAAUUCGCAACUCGUGCCACAAACAUUUUUGUGAUUGGCAAGGACAUGUCGAGUGUUCCAGUUACGUUACCUAAGCAACAGGGUUUGCGUAUCAACGUGAUUCAGGAGCGUGAGGAAAAACUCAUAGCCGCCGAAACACGCAGAACAACUCAGGCGCACAGCAAGCGAAAGACUAAGGUGUAA